GUUGCAUGUCUGUCAUUCGUUUCAGCAGACGUGCGGCUGGAGGGAAAGCGGACCCAAGCGACGCAGAGGAGGACGACAAGCCCUACGUGUACAGCACAAGCAAGGCAGCCGAGUGGAAAGCUGCACAGACCUUCCGCCCACCAAAACGUGAUAUACCUGCAGCGCAGCGCUGGUCCGUCUUACUGAGCAUUUCGGUGUUGCUCAUUUACUUCUGCGUGCUGCGUGAGGAGAAUGACUUCGACGAACAGUUGGCGCGUCCCAUCACGGAAACUGUGCCGGAACUGGGGAAGUAUGUCGAGACGCCGCCCCCACUGCCUUCCAAGUGGGUCCCGCCAGCCUGGCGGGACUGAUUCUGUA